UAUGCAGUGAAAAACUAAACUCCAUUGUUUUCGAUUUUUAUUUGAAAUAAACGCAUAUAUAAAUCGCGCCCCGCAAGUGACGUCAAAAGUCUCCCAUGCGGACCCUUAAAGGCGGCUUUGGUUCGCGGUUUUUUUUUGACAAUCGUUUGAGCACAACCCAAUCUCUCGCGAAUCGUUUUCGAAAUGGCAGAAACUUACGACUUCGAAGCGAUUUUUGAAAUCUACAGUAAACAGCAACAACACCUGGAGCAGAAACAGCAAGAAUUGCAAAGUAUCCAGGCCGAAUUCGACGAAUUUUACGCCAUGUACAGCCAACAAGCGAAGGAAACCGAAGACGAACGAGACAAGUUGAAUUCUUUAAGGUUGGAGUUUUGUCAAAUUUUCCAAGAAUCCACGGAAAUUUACAAAGAAAACGAAGCUAGCACGAAAGAGCUGUCCGAGAAGCAGUCUCUUUAUAAGAAUUUGCAAAAGAAGUUUACCGACGGAUUAGAGAAUCAGUCUCAUGCUGUGAAGAAUUCAAAUGAUCUGUUGCAAGCACUCCAAGCGCAAUUUCAACCCAAUGCGUUGACGAAGGAAAUGGAAACUUACGAAAAUGACGCGCUCGCCAAUUUCGAGCUGAACAAGAAGGAAUAUGAGAGUUUAUUGAAACAGGAAACGUCUGUGCCAGAGUAUAGGACAAUUGGUCUUUUGAAAAUUAUUAAUAAUAGGGUGUAUGAAAAAAAGAAGUUAAGUGAUAUUAAAAAGGAAGAAGAGAAAUUGCUAAGAGAUAUCCAGGAAAUCAAGAAGAACAAUGAAGAACUAGAGAAAUUAUUGUAAUUGUUUUUUCUAUAUACUCCAAGUGCACAUAAAAGUUCAACAUUUGUAUUAGUCUAAAUGCAUAGCCAAACCAAUCCGAAAUAUUACCAUUGAGAAUUUAUAUGUUGACAGUUACGUAACAAUGGUGUUUUCUAAUCGUUAAUUAUUUAAUAGCGUGCCAACUUUAAUCGCAGCGCCAAUCGUGAAAUGUAUUAUGGGUUAUUAAUA